AACGUAGCUAUGUCUUUGGUGCGUUUUGCUGUAAUUUGGUUUAGCUCUAUGCACGACGUUAUAUUAGGCAUAGACCACUGUAGAAUGAGGCGACAGAAUAUUCAGGCAUUUCUAUUUUGCCAUUUAUCUCAAUAAAGACCUUUUAUCAUUUUCCAGGAAGUUUGAAAAGUAAACAUGGAUAGAGUUUAAGAGUGGGCACAUGUGCACCUACAAGGGCUGUCUGACCUCACCCACCACCUCCAACCCACCCCCGCCUGCAACCAGGAAUGUCCCGCUCAGCCACCCUGGCCCAGAGGCUAUGUCCCUACUUCACCAGCGUCUGUUGUUGGCUGAGGAGGAGGCUGAAGCUCUUAUUCAAGACAUGGGGGCUCUGGGGGUUCCCAGGGACCAAAUCUUGGGAUCUGCACAGAGAAUAUAUGCUACUCAGCACCCUGUAAGUCCUCUGAAGAUGCGUUGGGUCCUUGGGGAUGAAGGCAUACUGUGGCAACAGUGUGACUCUCUAGUGAGCCGGGUGUGUCGCAUGGAAAGUCUGCUACAGACCCUCAAACUCACCAUCUUCCGCCUAGAGACCGAGAGAGAGCUGGAUCCCUCUCACACAGCUCAUCUGAAGCAGCAGCUGGCAGAGCUGCAGCAGGAGAGUCAGGAGGAGUAUCAGGCCUCCAGGAGGGAGGUGAUGAAGCUCAGGGACCGACUUCAGCAGGCUUACCAGGAAAGAGACGAGGCUCGCACAGAGGUGCAGAUGCUGGGGGAGACUGUGGAGAUAGCUACUGCCGCCAAGAUGGAUGUGGCUUUGGCUGCCAAGGAGCUGAAGAUUGUCAAAUUAGAGAUGAGUCAGAAACUGAUAGAGAUGAAAGAGCAGAUGAGACAGGAGUCGGCCCGCUCCGAUGAAGCCAUGAUAUCUCACAGCGAGCUUCUCCAGCGUGUUGAGGAGAUGGAGAGAGUGGUAGAGAUGGAGAGGAGACAGGCUCUGCUGCUGCGGUCGGAUUGCCAGGUCUUGCAAGUGCAGGUCCAAACCAGCCGGCAGCAACUGGAAGAAGAAAAAGACAGAGGCAGGCAGCUGGAGGAACACUGUCAGGAACUCAAAGAACAGACAGCAAUGAAGGACUCCCUUGUGGCUGAGUUGAAAACUGAACUGAAAGCUGAGAGGAGUCGUGUGGUCAAACAACUGCAAGAGCGAGACCUGCAGCUGGAGGCAGCCAGGCGCAACAUUCAGACUGAGCUGCAUGUGGCGCUAACAGAUAAAGUUAGCCUGCAGCUGGAGCUAGAGAAGCUCGAAGGUGAACAUGCACAGCUCGUGCAGAGGUCCUCCAUUGCACAAGAGACAGCAGUCACUCAGAGGGAACAAUUGGAGCGAACCAUUGAGAGGCUACGGGGGGAGCUGAGCACUGCCAAAAAAGAGGAGGCGGCAAUGAGGAAAGACCUGGAGGGUUCAAAACAUGAGUUAUGUCUUGUUGUCACGAAGUUGGAGGGUGAGAGGAGCAGUCUGGAGAGUCAACUCAGUGAGGCCAAGCAGGAGAUGGUAUCUCUGAGCUCAGCCUUACAGAGCCAGCAAGUUGAGAACAGGAGGCUCAUGGGACAUAAGAUCAGUGAGCUGGAGGCCUUGCAGGGAGUCUGUGGUUCUGCAGGAGCUGUUGCAAGUCAAACCCUUGAAAGCAUCCUGGCCUCCAAUACCAGCCUCCAACUUAACAGCAGGAACCUGCAGCAGAAGCUGGGGGGUAGAGAGCAGGAACUGGCCACACUCAAGACCGACAGGCUGCAGGCUCAGAGAGAAAUCAGGAAACACCAAGAAGAGGUGGAGAAACUCCAGCGACUCCUGACAUCUACUCACUCAAAGAACAACAAAGCUAAGGCCUUGGAUACAGCCAAAGUAGACAACAAGAGGCUGGCUCUGAGUUUGGAGCAGGCUGUGUUGAUCAACAGCAGUUUACACAGCAAACUGGAGCAGGCCAGAGACCAGCACCAGGCUACCAUCACACUGAGAGAUGAGGAGUUGCGCGAGGCUCGGACAAAGAUUAGUCAUUUGUCUGAAGAGCUGGGCACUAUAAAGCAACAAACAAAGGAAGACUAUGAAUCUUCCAUGAAGACACUGCAUCGAGAAAUCUCCGAGCUAAAAAUGACAGUUAAAGACUCAUCCAAUGGGUCAAGUCACCUGUCCAGGGCUAAUCAGGAGCUCCGCCGACGGGUGUCUGAGCUUGAGUGGCUGGUGUCCAAACAGAAAGCUUGUAUCAGGCAGCAGCAGGACAACUCUCAGAAAGUUGAGGUUUUACGCAAACGGGAGGCAGAGUGGGAGAGGUGGACUUCUACCAUCCAACGCUGGGAGGACAAGAGAGAGCUGGCUCAUAUCGCUGCAGGAUCCAAGCCUGUGAGGACACGGCUGACAACACAAUCACACUGACAGAUAAUAACCCACGUAUCUCACACAAACACACACCUGCCCACAGACUAAAGCAACAUGACACAGUGAUCCUUUGUAUUUAUUCAAACAUUAAACGAUGACCAACAAAGAGGAAGAGAUAGCAGCCAUGUGCGAAAUAGCAGCUAUAGAGUCAGAAGUGUGUGUGUGUGUUUGAUGUCCUCCAUCUAUAUCGAUCCGAAUUUAAUGGUCAGGAGGGAAGCAUGCACUCUCAUCAAAACAAACUGUACAACCAUAACAUCUGAUAUACUUCUUCACUGUACAAAGAUUCUUAUUUUUUUGUACCAACAGAUUGUUUAUACAAAAGUAAUUAUUUUUAAAUAACACUGCGUACAAAUGUAUGAUUCUCCAUCUACCAUAGUUUGCACUUGUUAUGUACAUAGUGUUGGCUUGUUAUUUGGUGAGUUAACUGUGAAUAUACUGUAUAAUUGGA